CCCCGCACGCAGGCGGCGACGGCGCCCGGCAUCCGGAGACCCCUCGCCCGCAGGGCCGGGAGAAGCUGUAGAUGGAGUCUGAAGAUGGACAGGAGGCUGAGACCACCCAGAUGGAACAAGUACCUCUUGCGAACAUAGACUCCACUAAUGUCAAACAAGACACCAAACAAGAAGUGGCAGCUAGUUCAUGGGCGCGGAGGACAGGGAGGCGCUGUAAAAAGUGGUUCUUGCAGUCAAAAUCCUGUUGCAUAUGCCUAGCUCUUGGAUUGGUGCUGGUGGUCAUCAUCAUUGUAUUUGUUGUAAAACCUGAGACAUCUCACCAUGGAAAAUUUCCUCCUGAACAAUGCCCCAGCGAGUGGAUAGGUUACAAAAAGAAAUGUUAUUUCAUCUCAGAGGAGGAAAAAAACUGGACAUCUAGUCAGACCUUCUGCGCUAAGAAUGAAUCCUUGCUAGUCGUUUUUGAAAACCAGGAAGAAAUGCUUUCUUUGGCUAAGCGUUUGAAAAUAGAUGAUUCCUGGAUUGGAUUGCGCAAGAAAGGUGAAAGCUUCUACUGGGAGAAUGGUAUUGCCUUGAAGGUGGACUCGUUCCAGAUACGGAAUCACUCUGAGUGUGCCUACUUGGAUGCCUUCACUAUUUCUACAUCAGCAUGCUCUUUGCCCAGGCGCUGGAUCUGUGUCCAACUUCCCUAAAGCAAUGACUUUGAUCUUCAUUUGAUAUUGACAAUUAAGACAUAUCCAUUGUACAGUGACUUUGAAUAGAUUGCAGGCCUGCUGCAGCCACGCUGCCUCAACAUCUGGAAUCCUAAAUUGGAGAGAAGAGGAUUUGUCUCGGCUUCCAAAAUGUGCUUCUAGGUCUUCUGUCCUAGGACAGAAGAGGAAUGUACUCAGUCCGGUUUACAGAUCAGCUACAGUGGAGUCUACCAGUGCUGGCUGACAAAGCUGAUGGUUCAGUGGGAUUCCUGCUAGUCUUCUGAUAAAUAAGGAUCUCUUUUGUGUUCUCCUUCCUCUCAGCACAUGGCCUUGGGGAUACACAGCAGCCAGAGACACCAGCCAGCCAGCACACCUACAGGAACAGUUAAAUCAUGGCUCUUUGGUUUCUCUGAAAAUGCCUUGUGCUCUUUGCUGAACUUUGUACUGACUGACUAUUUCAGUACAUUUCCCUAUCUGCCAGUCUUCUGACCUCGCCUUCAGCCCCCGUUUGUCCCUCUUACCUCCUUUUAUUUCUGCCCUGACCUAUUAAUCUUAUGUUAUUCCGUUAAACUUUUGUUCUUUUAAGUAAACAAAUAUACUCAGCUGACCCAUUCCUGGAGUGGGUGUGAGCGGUCUACAUUAGCUUCUCACAGUUGUUCUGUGAUGCAGAAAUCUCCAGCAGAUGGGUAGAGCAGAUGGCGGGGGGGCAGUAACUUCACUUGCCUCAGCAACAUCUGCUGGAAUUUCUGCUGGAGCCUUCAGUUGGCUGGUUACUGAAAUGACAUCAGCAGAGCGUUGUGCAUUUCUCUAGCACUUGCAUCUUACCUGCGAAUGAUGAUAGAGUCAUAGAAUUAUAGACUCAUUUAGGCUGGAAAAGACCCUUAAGAUCAUCAAGUCCAACUGUAAAUGAUAUAGCAGCCUGGUAAGAAAUUCCUGUAAAAUUACCAAAAUAUACAUGGUGCUAAAGGUGACAGGCUGUGUCACUGAAUUACUUUUUGAAAUGCUGCGUGUAGGGACACUAGUCCUGAAUCAGGUCGCACUGAUGCCAGCUUCACACCCAAGUGCUUCCACAGCCAACUGCCCUAAGGUUAUCGCUGCUUUACAGUGGUGCAAAUGAAGUCAGAACUGAUUUCAAAAGUUGUGCAGGUCAUUAUGACCUAUGUAAAUAAUUUGUUUUGCUACAAACAGAAUACUAAGAGUAAUGUAAUGAGUCUCAAGGAUGUGCAAUGUGGAAAGCUCCCUUACUGAGUUCCUGGGAAGGCGCUGUUGGAGGGAGGAGGAGGAGGUAUAAGAUAGUUUGGGGCUCUUAGCUGCUGUAACUUGGAUGUUCCCUCUGGGAUUCUGGGACAAAAAGGCAUCCAAGAACUGUCUUCAAUAAAUUGCAUUUGAGUACAACUA